AGGCGAAGGUCGUUCAUGCGCCGGCCACCUCCACGCCCUGUCCAGUUCCAACUGCUUUCUUCUUGAAUGCUCUUGGUCACGUUUGACUAUUCUAUCCACCACAUCCGGUCAACUCAUUUUUAUCAAACAGAAGUGAUCCAGUAACUCCUAUCAUUGUCUGUCAGCUUAAGGUACUCAUAGCUCCCGAAAGACCGAGGUAGAAGAGCUCAUGUCGUCAUGACUUUAAGCGAUAUCACCCCUGUCCCUGCACCAUGGAAGCUCAAGGGCGACGUCUACGUCUUCAGCUUCUGGGUACCCAAGAAGCAGGCAGAACACCCUCCAACGAUCACGUACUCUCCGCUUGAAGCCAACUCGGCCUUCAUACGCCCAGAAGGUAGCCGCCCCCUAGGCGGAAUCAGCAUGAUACAAAUCAUCCGUUAUACCGAAAGUCCUGUCGGUCCCUAUGAUGAACUGAUCUUGAGUCCGGGGUUUCAUGAGUACACGGUUGAGGAAAACGGCAAGCGCAUCAAGAAGAAGAAUGCAAGAAUCACGAGGAUAUACGUCUCGCAAAAGUACACGUGCUGGAAUGGGCGAAAGAAUUGGAACAUUCCUAAACAUCUAGCAACUUUCGACUGGGCAACAAAUUCAGAUGGGAGCACUGCUGUGAAGGUAUUCCCUCACGACACAUCGGGUGACAUUAUGGAGUCGGCAGCAAGCACCACGCCUUUCUUCCAAGCCAAGUUCAAGUCUGUCCCAUAUGUGCCAUCGUUUCCUCUCUCUCUCGAUGUCCUGAAAUAUGUUGGCUUGGACGCAACUCUCGUCCAGCCUCCACUGCCCAAGGGAAGUGGAAGCCAGGAUGAAUUACCAGGAACCGACCGCUGGUGCAGCAUUGCGCCAGGCCAAAACUCGAAGAAGACGAGUCUAGGUUGGUUCGAUAUCCGACAAGCUGAUGAAAAGGGCCACAUCAUUGGGGAACACGAAAACUUCUGGCCUGGACUUGGAAGGUGGCAGAUUGGACUAAAGAUGGAAGACUCAAUUGUCUCCUUUCCCGAACCUAAACAUUGGGAUGCGCCGAAAUCGGUCCUGUAAUUAAGUCUCAUGUCUUCAGGAGCGGGGAGUAAUGGGACAAACGCCUCUGAGGUGGUAGGAGAAAUCCAGAAUAAGUACCUUGGAUAUCGUACCCCUCAUGUAGGAAGACAGCAGCAAGA